AUGAGGAUGGGAUCACUAUGCGAGGUAUGCUUGGAUGCUGAGGAGACCAUUGGCCACGUACUCCUCCGAUGCCCUAUAGCUGUGCAGUGCUGGAGAUUGGCCUCGACGCUGCUCCCUCCUAUGUGGCAGUCGGUGGAGGAUAUGCUCCGGUAUCCGCGAGAGGCUACUCGGAGGCCGAGGGAUGCUGAGACAGGAUCCAUUGUGGCUUACCUAGCCUAUCACAUAUGGCUGGCUAGGAAUGACCGUCUCUUCGAGGGCGGGCGGUUGUCCCCACGGGCUGUGAUGGAGAGAGCACUGCGGCAGGCAGCGGAGACAGCUAUGUUGGCCAUGUCGGCUCCACCUGGGAGGACUAGGGAUAUCUGGGGUACUUGCACUGCUGGUUCAGCGUCCAGGUUUAGUUUCUUCUCUUGGGUAACCCCACCCCCUGGCUAUCUUAAGGUGAACUUCGACGGUGGUAUGGCGGAGGAUGGCGCAUCUGGGGGCGUGGGUUUCGUGAUCAGGGACCACCGGGGUACAUUUAUCGCUGCUGGAGGACGGAGUAUUUUGGCUGUUCGGUGGUGGGAGCAGAGUUGCAGGCUGCUUGGGAGGGCGUUUUGUUUGCGAGACGUGUUCUGGGGGCCGACAGACUUGUUCUCGAGGGUGAUUGCUCUACAGUGA